ACGAUCGCUUUCGAGUGUGUGUGGUAAAGAUCAUCACAACUCUGGAACAGCUUUCUCCAUGUUUUGUUAGUAAUCUGUAUGACGACCAUAACCCUCUCAGGCUUCUCACCCACGUGGACAAGGAAUGACAGUCAGCUAGCUCACAAGCGAGCUGGGACUCGCAAGAAACUCUUGAGGGUGGAGUAUAGCGGGGCAAGAGUGAGGUGGUGUUGGUCUAGCCGUACUGAGGAACACACUAUGGAGCAGAUACCCAGCAUUUCAAAUGCCCAGACUAGACGAAGCGAAAAGAAACGCCUUGAACGAAGGAAUGACAACUGGCUGGAGGACAAAGGCUUGGGCAAGAAGUAUGGUUGUUGCAAAGUUCAAAGGUCGUCCUGUGGACUUCAGACAACAGUGGAGAGGGCUAUAUGGUUCGUAUCAGCGGUGGCAAUGACAAGCAGGGCUUCCCCAUGAAGCAAGGUGUCCUCACUAAUUGCCGUGUUAAGCUCCUCCUCAAGAAGGGGCACAGUUGUUACAGACCCAGAUGCACUGGAGAGAGGAAACGCAAGGAUACAAUAGGGAUAUAGGGACGCUGAGCAACUUGCCCCAUAUCUGUGCCCGGCCCUACACUGUGUUCCGAUGGUGUCCUGGUGCUAAGAUGCGCUACAAGAGAACAGAGGUCUGCCAAUCAUGUGCCCAACUCAAGAACGUCUGUCAAACCUGUCUCCUUGACCUCGAGUAUGGCCUCCCUGUACAGGCUAGGGACAGUGUUCUCAAUGUCACAGACACUCUCCCCAAGAGUGACGUAGGCAGAGAAUAUUAUCUGCAGAAUAUGGAACAAAAGAUUGCUGAGAGUGGGCGGACAGAGCCAGGGGGUGGUGAGGGGAAAGCCUCUAAUGAUCUGCUGCUCAAGAUGUCGCGUACUAGACCAUACUACAUGUACAAACGCAACAGACCUCACAUUUGCUCAUUCUGGGUCAAGGGAGAGUGCAGUCGUGGAGAGGAGUGUCCCUACAGGCACGAGAUGCCGACAGAUCCAAAUGACCCACUGUCCAAUCAGAAGAUCAAGGAUCGUUACCAUGGCGUGAAUGACCCAGUGGCUGAGAAGCUUCUCUCCAGUGCCCAGGACCUGCCCACUUUGUCACCACCUGACGAUAAGACAGUCACCAGUCUCUAUAUAGGAGGAAUUGAUGAGUCAUUCAACCAAUCAGAUCUCAGGGACCAGUUUUAUGUAUUUGGAGAGAUCAUGUCUAUUCACAUGGUGACCAAGUCUCGUUAUGCCUUUGUCACAUUCUCCACUAGAGCAGCCGCAGAGAAAGCUGCUGACUCAACAUUAUUUUAAUAAACUCAUUGUUAAAGGAACUGGCUGGUGUUGCUGCUAAGGAGACUAGUGAUGAUCUACUACCAGCCCCCAGACCAACACCAAACUGUCCAAGCACAGGACCAGCUGCUAAUCGAUCCACUCUCCAAGAUCUAGUGAGCAGAUACAGUCUGACUGACAAGCAGCUCAAUAGUGAAAUAGGGGACUCAGAUAUUCUCUACGUGGCCGAAUAUUUCGACGAGUCGAAAAUCUAUGCGAAUGCAAUGGGACUAACUCCUGCAGAACAGGCCGAUGUGAAUGAGUUGUACCAUAAAAAUGGAACUCAAGUAGCCAUGACUGAAUGCUUGAUUAUCUGGAAAAGACACAAUCCUUACGCAGCAACUUACAAAGCUGUACUGGAGUUGUUACUGAGACUGAGAAAAGACAAGAUAGCUGAUGAUAUCUGUCAGCACUUGACUCAAUGAGGUGUCACUGUCUGUCAUGUGGAGAUUACAUUGGUGUACAGGAAUGUUAACACUAGCUUGCUCAAUAGUAUUACUACUCACCUUAUUACUCACAAUUUAGUUUGUUAGUAGCUUCAUUAAUUAAUAAAUUAUUGUGUAAUAAUUAUAAUACGUUAAAGUUUUACCAUCCAAGAAUAUAAUUUUUUUAUUCUGUUUCUAUAAUUAUGCACUAUAUUUUUGUAGUUGUUUUAUUAACUUAUUAUUGACAUUAUAAUUAUACAGUAGA